AUGCGCUCUUCUCUCUUCGCCACUGUUCUCCUCACGGCCAGCCAGGCCUCUGCCUUAGUUCGUUCACCAAAGCCUGCAGGGCCCACCAACGGGCAAUACAUCGUUGAUGGGCAGUUCUCAUUUACCAAUAGAGCCAUCUUCAACUUUGCUGGUGCUACCAGUUUGCCUUCCGGCUUGUACAGAAGCACUUACUCCGUGGGCACGCACGUCUAUCAGGCCGCCAAUGCUGUUGUUUCCGGCGGUUACCUCAACCUGAAAGUCCCUGGCGGCCAGACCGCCCAGCCAUACAGAUCUGCCGAGGUUGUUACUGUUGUGAAUAACAUCAAGUACGCUUCUGUUCGUACUGUAGCCAUAUUUAGUGGGCCGGCCGGUGUUUGUAAUGGCAUAUUCUACUAUAAGAACGACACACAAGAAACCGACAUUGAGUGGCUUUCUGACGCCGCAUCCCUUAGUAAUGGAGGCACUCGCAAACUGUGGUUUACCAAUCAGGACGCUGACCAAAACGGCAUCAAAACCUACAACGCCGUCACACCUCCGUCGGACGCAACUACCGCUGAACAUGAAUAUCGUCUGGACUGGACUCCAGGCCUAGUCCGGUGGUUCGUCGACGGCGUUCAAAUUUGGAACACGACCUCUGACGUCCCAAAUUCUGCCGGGCCAUGGGUCUUUAACAACUGGUCCAACGGAGACAACGGCUGGAGUGCCGGCCCGCCUGCUACUGAGGCAAACUUUAAAAUCAAAGAUAUCGAAAUUUACUACAACACAUGUUCUGGCAGUGGAUGCUAG